AUGACCGACAAGACGUGGACCUCGUUGUCGUACUUAUCAGGCUUUGGCAACACGUUUUGCUCCGAGGCGCUGCCCAAUGCGCUUCCAAAGGUGCAAAACAAUCCCCAAAAGUGUCCGUACGGACUAUACGCUGAGCAGCUCUCGGGGACUGCAUUCACGUUGCCACGGCACAAGAACCAGCGCUCGUGGCUGUACCGGAUCUUACCUUCCGUGUUGCACGAGAAGUACCAGAAGGUCGAGCACUCUUAUGUGAAAGGGGACUUUGCCCAGGAGACCUUGUCGCCGCAACAAAUGCGGUGGAACCCUAUGCCGUUUCCGGAAUCGUCGGACAAGGUGGACUUUGUGACUGGUCUGCGGACGAUUGGUGGUGCAGGAGACCCGACGAUGAAAGCAGGGAUGGCUAUCCAUAUGUACGCAGCCAACGAAUCCAUGGUGGACAAGUGUCUUUACAACUCGGAUGGAGACUUUCUGAUCGUUCCACAAGUUGGCACUUUGAAGAUCACGACCGAGUUCGGGCGACUCAAAGUGUCGCCGCACGAGAUCUGCGUCUUGCAGCGCGGCAUCAGGUUUUCGGUUGAACUUGACGAGCCGUCACGUGGAUACAUUUUGGAAGUGUACAACCGUCACUUUAUCCUCCCUGACCUCGGACCUAUCGGCGCCAAUGGACUUGCUAACCCACGUGACUUUGAGCACCCAAGUGCUGCUUACGAAGAUCGUGACUGCAAGUACAUGGUCGUGAACAAGUUUGGAGGUCAGCUAUUUUCAGCUCGCAUGACACACUCGCCAUUCAAUGUCGUUGCGUGGCAUGGAAAUUACGUUCCAUACAAGUACAACCUGGACAAGUUCUGCACGAUGAAUUCGGUCAGCUUUGAUCACCCGGACCCCUCCAUUUACUGCGUCCUCACAUGUCAAACUGAGGAGGCAGGGAAUGCGGUUGCAGACUUUGUCGUCUUUCCGCCCCGAUGGAUGGUUCAAGAGCGAACGUUUCGCCCUCCUUACUUCCACCGCAACUGCAUGAGCGAGUACAUGGGCAUGAUUUACGGUACCUACGACGCCAAAAAAGACGGUUUUGUUCCAGGAGCGGCUUCUCUUCACAGCGUUCUCACGCCACACGGACCAGAUGCGGCAACUUUCCUUGCUGCUUCUAACGAACAUCUCGAGCCAAAGAAGUUCGACGGUGGUCUAGCGUUCAUGUUCGAGACGACGUACUUUGUCAAGCUAACGGACUACGCACUUGGCUGCGACCAAAAUGACGAGAACUACUGGAAGUGCUGGCAAGAAAUGCCGAAGCUCUUCAAUCCCAACAAAGCUUGA